CGCCAUGAUCUGCUCAACUUGUCGUAGCAAUACAGGUCAGUGUCGUCCUGAGCGUAUAACACUCUCAGCCAUCCAACACAGUGCCCUGUGACCUGUCAUUGAUACGUGCCCAGCGGUUUGAACGAGCACUUCCUGGACUGCCAAUACUUCCAUCCUAGCAGGCUGGACUCUCGCCAACGGCCAGAGACUUGUCUCCUGCACCCAUAUCCACACUCGGAACGAUGGUCACCAACAUCCAACACUUGAACGAAGAUGUCCUUGACAUCAUAGUUGCGUUCAUCUCGCAACGCGACGCUGGUCAGCUCGCCUUGACAUCGCGCACGAUGAGCGCCGUCGCCCGGCCGCGUGUCCUCUCUUCCCUACGAGUCGCAACGCCACGCCAAACCCUCAGUUUCCACGAAUUCAUACUUUGGGAAGACGGAUACCGCCUUCAGUAUCUGCGUAAACUCGGAUUUUCCUCUGGCACGGCCACGACUCAACUGACGACUACUCCCCACUUGCUGCCGUCUUGGCGCGAGCGCGAGACCUGCGUUCGCUUGACAUGACGUUGUUGGACCGCGGGGCUCCGACUGUGGCUGGCGGCCUCUGCGAUGCAAUCGUCGCACUCCGUGAUCUGCGCGAGUUCGCGCUGUGC